AUGUGUUUGCGUGUGACGUCGACGGGAUGGAAUGGAUUUCUUAAUUGCUGCGUUAAAGUGAAGAUAGUAUUAUUUGGUGAAAUGGAUGAUGAAGAAUUAACAAAUAUGUUCAAGUCACGAUGUACAAAAAUCGGGUUGGAAAAGAAUGAAAUCGUUUCUUACCGACCCGAAUCUGUCUGGGAUAAAUCAUGUACUUUGAAUUGUUUGACUGCUCAUCAGCAACAAUCAUAUUUCACAAAGGAAAUGGAAUCGCUUAAACAACAAAUCGGAGAAGCGGGUGAAUCUGCGGAACAGAUUGCGAAUAAAUAUCUUAUGAUGGAGGAGCAAAUACGGGAAUGGACUUCAGCUGCCGAACGUAACUGUACAGAUGUCAAGAAGACUAAUGGUCAUGACUACAGUAACAGCCGUGAUAUUGAAAGCAUCUCAAAAUGUGCAGAAUCGCAUUUAUUAGCAAAUAUUGAUUACAGUCACGAAUACAUGAAUCUCAGUGUACAUGGUCACAACAGCAAGUUUGAUUAUUUAUUUCGGACUUCAGAAUAUUUCCCUCUUCAAAUUCACAGAGAGGAUAAAAUUGAUGAUUUUACUGCUCAGUCUCGAUCAUCAAAACAGAAAGCUUAUGGCGAACCUCCUGUCUUCACUAAUGACUUUUUUUCUACGAGAUAUUUGGAAUUGGUGCUUACAGACCAGGUUUUCGACGUAGACAGUGGUACUUUGAAUGAGAGUUUUACUUUUUCGGAAACAAGUGCAAAUGAGUUAUGUAAUGUCAAUCGUGGUGGUCAAAAAAUGAUCCCGUGUCCACCCUGGCAACAGUUUGUAUAUCGUAUUCGUGGUAAAUUCAUUUACGAGACGGGAAGAUUAGAAAAGCUUAAAGAACAUGAACCUAGUAACACCGAUUAUUGCGAUUUUCUCGAGAAAGAAAUCUUAAAACGAAACCGCAGAAUGAACAUUUUUGGCGAGAUACACACAAAACAUGUUCAAAAGCUGAAAAAGUUACCGAUUGCCGCAACGUUGAUUACCGAACUUAUGAACCAUGAAAUAGAACGUUUUGCUCAGGGAUUGCCGAUAUAUGACAUCAGAAAAGAUAUCAGAAACAUUCUUUGUAAUCAGGGAAGAGUAUUGUUUAUUGUGGCAGAUACUGGCUCGGGUAAAAGUACACAGAUCCCUCAAUAUAUAGUGUUCGAUGGAAUCAUUACCGCUUCGCAAAAAGUUCUAUGCUGUCAACCACGCAAGACUGCUGUAUGGGAACUGGCCAUAAGAGUGGCGAAGGAGACAUCACUGAAUAACCAUUGUUUAGUUAACGUCCCCAUAUAUAAAGAUGGGAUGAGACCUAAUCUGAAUGGAAAAAUAAAUUUUAUAACAGAAAAGUAUCUUUUGGAUUGCAUACAACAGGAUCACAAGUUGUCGCAAUUUGGAUGCGUUAUAAUUGAUGAAGUGCACGAAAGGACUGCCCUUACUGAUAUGUGUCUGGGAAUGAUGAAGAAAGUACUCAGAUUGCGCCCAGAUAUGAAAUUGGUGAUAUCUUCUGCAACAAUGGAUCCAGAGCCGCUAUUGAAGUAUUUUGCUGAGUUCCAAGCACAAAAACUGGAAGUUUCAGGACGUCAAUACCCCAUCAAGAUUUGUUACGAGCCACCAGUCUCCGGAUGCAAGGGAAUUAAAAGCUUGAUGUGGGAUUAUAUCAACCGAACAGUGGAAAAAGUAAUAAAUAUUUGUGAGAGUGAGGCUAAGAAACAGCCUUUUGAUGACACGUCUUCGGAGGAUAGCUUGGAAACACAUGCAGCACACAUCAUGGCUUUUUUGUCAAAUCCUCUUGAAACACUGAUAGCCGAGGAACGUCUCUCCAGGCGACUAACGGAACUUAAUCAUAGUGUGAAAGUGAAAAUCAUGACAUUGUACGGGAAUAUGCCAGUUGAAGAUCAAAUUGAAGUUUUCGCUCCUUUGAAAUCUGAAUAUCAUCAUAAGGUUAUUUUUGCAACAAAUAUCGGCGAAACUUCGAUUACUAUUCCAGGCGUUCGAUACAUUAUAGAUUGCGGCUUAGCGAAGGUAAAAAAAUUUGACGUUGCCCGGCGGAAGAAUGUUUUAGAAUUAGGUUUAAUAUCGAAAUCUGCGGCAAAACAACGAGCUGGAAGAGCUGGAAGAACAGCACCAGGGGUUUGUUAUCGCCUUUACUCGGAAGAGCAGUAUGAAGAAAUGGAACCCACAAACGUUCCUGACAUCCUUCUCACCAACCUUACUGAAGUAUUGUUGUAUAUGAUAGCAGCUGGUAUUACCCCUUCAGAGUUUGAUUUCAUUGAGAAACCGGAUUCAAGCAUUUUGAUGCAUUCGAUGGCACUUUUGAGGUCGCUUAAAGCUAUUGAGUGUUGCGGAACCACGGUAGUUUUAACCCAGCUGGGUAAAAAGAUGAAACAAUUACCUGUAGAACCACGUCUAGCAAAAAUGGUCCUGGAUUCUGUGCAGUACGACGCAGUGGCUGAAGCAGCGGUCGUUUGCGCAUGCAUUCAUGUCGGGUCGCUUUUUCUUCGUGGAAACAAACGAAACGAGUUCGUUCUAGCAGAUCAAAAGAAACUAUCGUUUUGUGAAGACAGUGGUGAUCCAAUGACAUUUUUAGCGGGUGUCAAUGCAAAUAUAAAGAAGAUUGAUAUUUCGAAGGCACGGGCAAUUAUUCCCAAUCUUUUUUGUCGAUCCUUUGGAAAUAAUUUGGCAAUAUAUUCCGGCUUACCCGAACGUGGAUAUUAUGAUUUCAAUGAGAAAAAAUACGUUUUCAUUCAUCCUUCAUCAGCGUUGAAAUAUGGCGACAUAACUCCUGAAUUUAUCGUCUAUGAAUGUUCGGUUCAUACCUCAAAUGACUUUAUACUGAAUGUGUGCGCUGCAGAUUCUUCUUGGUUGGAUGAAAUUGAUAAAAAUGUAUUGGAGGAGGAAAGAAAAAAUAAGUUGGUGCCGUACAAUAUUAGAUGUGGAACUGUUACAAAGAGAUGGAUUAUGACACAUAAGGAUAUUCUUCAGCAGGAGAUAGGAAUGGAAUGUAUUGUGAGAAAGACAUUGGAUGAUCCAUACAACAGACUUCAAAUUUACGUUUCAAUUAGAAAUCUUCCGAAGUUGAAAGCUUUUGUUGAGCGGAUUACAAAAGAAAAAGUGGAUAUAUUAUGCAGGAAAACGAGGGAAGUACCUAUAAUGCAUGCAGAUUAUGUACUGCGCAUGUCUGGUAGCGGUACACCAGUGGAGAUUCUAAUGCCUGGUGAAUUCUGCAGUAUGUAUGUUGGACGAAGUGUCACUAACUGGGCAGAUGAUGUCGCAUAUAGGAUGAGGUUAGAACAAUACUUCAGCAAGUUUGGGAAAAUUACCGAAUUCGUGACUUUUGAUGAAGAGUAUCAAAAAAAAACUGGACAUUCGUGCCUAAUUAGCAUGGAAAAUAAGGAAGUUGCCAAGCGUGCUUUUAUUUAUAACAAUGAAAACCGUUGCGAUUUCAACAUUGAACCUCGUUUUGUACAAAAAUAUCUGGACAAAGGAGGUAGUUACAUUCCAUCUGCUUACCGUUUACUGAUUAGGUGGUGGCGUAGACCCAGCUAUGGUUAUGGUCACAUAAAGUUGAAAUCUCGUGAUUUUGGUCAGAGGUUGUACGCUUUCAACGUGAUUGCAAAACAUUUUGAACAUUUUCGGCCUUCACUGUUAUCCGAAGAUUUCAUGAUAAAGUUGCAGUCUCUUCCAUUAAAUAUUGACAACAAACAACUGCUCCAUAUUUUGAAACCGGUGUUGGAUGCUUAUAGUAUAGAAUUUGAUGAAGUAUUUGUGGUACGAAAGAAGAGAUAUCCUGUUGAAGAUAAGAAGGCUUUAGAGGAACAUUCUCGACGAAUCUCUGACUAUAUUAUAAGGGUGGCGAAAGAUACAAUAGGCGGUAAUGGUUAUCCAUUCGAGGUUAAGAUACGCGCACCAAAACAUAUUGGUGAAAUUGAAUUUAUGGCAUUUGUUCUUUUUUAUGAUAUGAAUCUAGGGAUACAUGUGGGUAAUGCAUUGAAAGAUGCAGCGGAAAAUGGAAUAAUUUUAGAAAUGGGAUCAGAAUACCAUAUGCACGAAGCCCAUGUGCAAGAGAUGUUUCGUUACCAAAUGAAAGUUUCGAUAAUUCUCUUCAAUGCCAUUUUUAAUGAUUUGAAAAAUAUUUAUGAUAGAAUCGAUCAUGAACAUAUUGAUUUUGAUUCCGUAAAUGAAGUUAAGGGUACAAUUGACAAGGUAAUCGAUGGAUGUACGAUCAAAUGUAGAGAUGGUGAGAGAGUAGACGGCGUAGAGUUACCUUGUCAUCGAUUGCUUACAAAAGUUGGUCGGGAUUUUUUGCGCGAUUUGCAAUCAAAAAAUGCAGUAUUUAUAAACAUAUCGCCCUACAAAACGGAAGUGAAAAUCCAAGGAAGUGUUUCGAAUGUCGAUAAGACUAAAAUGGAAAUCAAGUGUUUUUUACGAGAAUGGUUAGAUGCAGAUGUUAGACAGAUUUUAAUUUUGCAAACACCGAAUUAUCAGCCAGGAACAUUGAAAGCUCUUCUGGCUCAAAAUAAUUAUGAUCUUUGUUCACUGGAGAAAAAGUUUGGUCAUGGAGUACAUUUAGAUGCUAACAUUGUCAGGCGCGAACUAUUAUUCGUUGGCAAAGAAGCCCAAUUUCAAGAGCUUUUAAAGAUGCUUCAUUCUAUUUCUGACAGCACUCAAUCGAGGGAAUCUUCAGAAACCAUUUUUAAUGAAGUCGGAGUACCACAAUGUGUUAUUUGUCUUUGUCCUGCUGAUUUGGAAAACUAUUGUCUGGAAGCGUGUGGACAUUAUGCUUGUAAAUCAUGUUUAAACAUGCAGCUGAAAGCAUCAUUUGAAAUGCGCAACUUCCCGAUUGCUUGCGCUUUUUGUGAGAAACCAUUAACGUGGCUAGAUUUGGAGAUUCUUGUGCUUGGAGACUUAAAUCGCAAUAAAGAUGAUGACCCUCAAAGAUUACAGUCAUUAUCAGACGCUUCUCUUGCUUAUUUCAUUGAACGUCAUGGAGACCUAUAUAAGCAUUGCCUAACUCCUGAUUGUCGAGGAUUACAUCCUGUUACAACCGAUGCUGGUUUGGGUCAGUGUAGAUUAUGUGGUCGUAUACAAUGCACUAAAUGUGGAAGGGAAGAACACGAAUCAAUGACGUGUGAGGAAUAUGCAAGGCUAAGAGUUAACGCUGAUGAAUCAGUGAGGAAAUGGAUACGGCAACUACCAACACAUCAGUUUAGAGAGGAUCAGAAAGGACGACGAAUAUGUCCAAAUCCAAAUUGCCAAAGUGUUAUUGAAAAAUUCGGAGGAUGCAAUCAUAUGCAGUGCUUACGAUGCAAACAACACUUUUGCUGGAUUUGCAUGUUUUCUGCUGAAGAAAGCAGCCAAAUUUAUGCUCAUAUGGAUGAGGCGCAUGGUGGAUCAGGUGCUGAUGUGAAUGAAUUGAUAGAAGGAAUGGAAAACGAUCCGUUUAUUCGUGAAUUUAUUGAGAGGCAACAUCCACUAUUGUUAGAUCCAAGAUUCAACUUUGAUGAAGAAGCAGAAUUUUGGGUAAUGCCUAACGAUGAUGCGGCACACGUAUUGAUGAUGGAUGAUGUUGAAAUUCACAACUUUUUUGAAUUCCAUCGAGAAUUGAAUGAAUUGCUCAUUGACGAAAUGGGUGAACCAAUUAUUGACUUUGAAGAUGAGAGCGAUUUUGAAGACAAUGAAGAUGGGGAUGCAAACAUUAUGUGA